AUGUGAAAAAGUCAAAUAUAACUUAAGCAGUAAUUUUGGACAAUGCAUCAUCUCCAGACUGUACAAACAUCAUCGCCCUGGCGUCCACCGUUACCCAUUCCUCAAGAAAUUAUUGUCGAUGAAGUGAUGGAGGAUAGACAAAGCAGUGGUAACAGCAUGCACACCUACACGACGAGCAACAGUAAAAAAGACCCGAAAAAAUGGUCACUUAGCAAUUUUUUCCGUAGGAAAAAGAAAGAUGCCGAAAGUGACUCAUCGUCAGAAGACGAGAAACGUAAAAGUAUCGAUAUGCCAAAACGAAAAAAAGAAAAACGAAAACGUUUAACAAAAUUAGGAAAUGCGUUUGACCACAUAGUGCCACUAAAUUCAUCUGUACAAGCAAAUAUUGACAGUAUCAAUAGCUCUGACAAAUAUUUGCUUUCUGCAUCGAAUACAGGUUCACUAGAUCGUCGUUUGAAAAAAGAAAGAAUGCGCCAAGUCCAAACGGAUCAUCAUUAUUCAUCUAGUGAUGAAAACGAUUUGCAAAACUUAUUAAGAUUUCGGAGUAAUGAUAGUCUGGGGAACCUUAGUAAUGGCUCUAAUUCUCGCAAAUCAAGAACAGCUCGUACAGAACGUUAUAUGCGGAGAAUAUCACGUGACGGAAGUCCCAACCAAGAUGUCCAAAGAAAGGUCAACAGAUGGCAAACACAACCAGUUCCAUCAAAUACUCUUUAUGGGAGUAUACAGUCGUUUGACAAUUCUUUCGUAAAUCCAUCUUAUCCUCAAUAUCAUCAGCACCAGCCAUUACGAAGUUCUACUAGUCUGAAUCAUAUGUCAAAUCAGCAUCAAACUAGUUUUCAACAAACAUACGAAAAUCAUACAAAAUUUUCUAAUAAUUCGCCAUAUCAAAACAUCGAACAGGCUCCUCCGAUCCCGCCGCGGAAUCAAAUGAAAAACAGACCUAUUUCGUAUGCGUUUGAUAAGCAUCAAAAUAUGCUAAAUAUGAAUGGUGGUCGCUGUGCCUCUGACGAUCGAAUUUGGGGACAUAAAUCCUUAUACGGGACAACAGAAAAAACAUCAAAUACUGAACGUCCUUCUUCUGUACAGCCAGACACACAAAGCCCGAAGCGAUUUAUAAAACGUCAUCAAAAUGAUGGAAAUACUCAAUCAACUGUAUUUCAUUAUGUUACAGACGCCAGUCCGCGUUCACGAAAGCCUAUUCAUGUUAUGCAGAAUGAUCCAAGUCGAAGUAUGAAUGCAUUGACUUUAGGACCACCCAAACCUGCAAGAACAUUUCAAGACGCGCCAACCUCUUUAAAUGCAAAAAAGAGUACUCUUAAAAAAUCUUUAUCAGUUUCACCACAAUCUGCAUUUGUCAGUACUCGUGCUGUUCCUAUGAAUAUUGAUUAUUCAGAUGCAGAGCCAGAAUCGCCAGUAGGAAUAAAAUCUGUAACAGAAUUCUGGAAACGCAUGGAACUGCAGAAUAGUUGCCCACAGCAACGGGGUCGAUCACGCGAAAUAUCACGAGGAGAAAAACCCAGAUCUUUUUCUAGCUCAAGAGCACUUGAAUUGAUGAACAAAAGAAAUGAUGAACUCAAUAAAAAGUUGGAAGAAGUUUUAGUAAACAAUGAUGAAGUAGAUAACAUCGUAAAUGGUCGACUUUUCUUGAAAAAAUCGGAGAAUCCUUACUCCAAGUACCAUUUACACGUGGAUACAAAAGUGGAAAAUAAAUUCAAUACACUUCCUCAUACAGUUCAUAUUCCUGAUACAUCGAAUCCCGCUCAAAACAAUUUAGCAAGGCAUAGACAAUCGUUAGAGCACACAAUCCAUGCACAACUUACUGCCAAGCCUGAAGAGCCUGUCUUGGUUGUUAACCAACAAUUUCCGCCACCUUUACCAAAGAGAGUGUCAUCAAAAAGGAGUUCAUGGCACGAUGAAGAAAAGUAUAAGGGAACACGUUCACGUAAUUUAGAAGAAGCCAUUGCCGAGCUAGAAAAUAUUUACAAAAGCUUGAAAUUAAGUGAUGACGAGUUACUAGAUAGAGCAGAUAAAAGGACUCUACUCACAUUCGAAAAAUAUGCACAACAUUAUCAGCACGAUGAUGAUGAGUAUGAUAAUAAACAAGAACCAGAUAUUAUAAAAGAUGAUAUGAGAAAUAGAAAUCUAAAAAGAGCAAAUAACUUUGUGAAGGUUCCAGAUGUUCAACCACCAUUUGGGAUUCCAAUUGGUCCAAUUCCUCCUCCCGCAAAUUCUGAUUAUUUGACCGUUGAGGCACGAAAAUAUUUCAAAGCACGAAAUUUCGCAGAUCAUUCUCCCAAUAUUGUGCAAGAUGAUCUUGCUGUACGUAAUUUGAGGAAAGAUAAAGACAUGCCUCCUAAAAAAGAACAAAAGUUUGAUUAUCAAUCUGCAAAGAAGAGUAAUGUUGAUGAACGAAAAGCAGCUGGAAAAUCGAUUUCAGAUAACAUUUUUUCAAUGAUACAACGAGAUGCUGCAAAACCGUCAGGAGGCGACCUUGACGAAUACAUGAAAAUCGAUCUUAAAGCAUCAUUGAAAAAACAAAAAGAUCCAACUGUCGUAGUAGUUGAUACAAAUUCAAAAGAUGGGGCUUUUAAGUUGGAAUUGAAACCGGCAUUAACAUCACAACAGAAUAAAAAGAAAGUUUCUGACAAACAUUACUGCUCGAAUAAUGGAGCUGUGUAUAAUCUGCCUUCCACGAUAAAACUUUCAUCGCCUUCCGAAAUUGACGAAUUGAAAGCAUUGAAGCCAAAACCAUUUCCGAGAAAAAGUAUUAGUCCAGCAGAUAUGACAAACGACGAAAAACAUGAUUUUGAAAAAAUUCUCAAUAAAAUAGCUGACGAAGCUAAACAUACAAGCGAAAAAAUAGGACAUGAUCUAGUGGAGUUGCGGAAAGAAACGAAAUCAGAAUCGAAGAGUCCAACAUACAGAAAAAAGCAAAUUGAUAAAACAUCUCCGAAACCAACGGAAAAAAGGGAUUUGAGACGUGAAUCUUUGCAUAAUCUUAAUAAUGACGUAUCAGAAGUUACUAAGGCUGCUAAGUCUUGUGAAGAAUUACUGCUAAAUGUUGCUAAGGAGAAGAAAAAGAUAAAGUGUACAAAAGCAGACAAAGCUCGACUUAUUUCUGAAGUUAAAGCAGCAGCACAAGCAGCAAAAACUUGUGAAGAUAUUAUAAAUGAUAUUGUUUCCGAUGGAAAAACCCCUUCUCCUAUUUUACAUGUGCCACCUUCUCCAAAAAACUCGAUUUCAUCGGGCUCGCGAUCUGCUUUCACACCUGUUAAAAGUAGCAAAAUUCAACAAUUAGAAAAGGAACUUGUCUCUAAAAUAAAUGCAAAAGAGAAAAUUGAGUUGCGCGAGUCGCCAGAAAAAAAACGUACUCCACCACUAAAACUCAAACAAAAGAUUGACCUUUUUGAAUCAGCAAUGAAACCUAAAAGAGGCUGCAGUUCAGCUGAACGGACACCUACACCAAAAAAAAUAAGUCCGCAACAAAGAGAGUUGAAUAAAGAACUUUACAAUUAUGAUAGCCUAAAUUUGAAAAGUAGUUCUGCUGGAAAAACUAUUUCCCCUAAUUAUGAAAAUUUAUCCGACACUCCACCAACUGUUAUUGAAAAGCUUACAAAACACGAUAUUAAACGUAAAUAUGAAGUUUCAAAAUCACCUUUAUUCGUACAUCAACAUUCCCGUGAGGAGGAAAUUGAUCAGAUAAUGAAAGAAUGUGAAUCAAUUAAUGUUGAUGAAAGUGAUGAGACUAAGAAAGCUGGAGGACUACCAAUAAUUCCCAUCAUUGAUGAAUUGUUAGAAAAUAGUAAGAGUGAUACACUACUUCAGAUUAACGGGGAAGCAUCUACAACAAGUUCCAGCCUUGAUUUAAGUGAGAAACGGACAUCAUCAUAUUCGACACCAACUGACAGUGUAAACAACUUUGAAGAAAUAAAAAAUUUUGCUCAAGUUGUUCAAAAGGAAAGCGAAAAAAUAAUUGCACCCCAGAAGUACGAUACAGACUCAAUGUAUAACUCGUCAGACGAAUUAGCAGCAAUAUUUGGAAUAAAUUCUAAUAAUUCAACAUCAACUAGUACUGCAGGUAAAGUUUGCCGAAGUGAUAGUGAACAAUUGAAAUGUAGUACAUCAAAUAACACAAAGCAUGGAGUGUCUUCAACAAUAUUAGAAACAGCAAAUUUAGAAAAAACUUCAUCCCAUACCACUACUAUAACUUCUCAGGGGGAGCCGAUAUCACGUGGCAAUACUAACAGCAACAAUAAUAACAACUUGCUUGAUACAAUCGUUGAAGUGAAUGACGAGGAAUUGUGUGAAUUUGAUAGCCUUUGUAACAAUAAUGAUAAUUUGAAUGCAAAUAAUACAUCUUUGUUUUAUAGUUUAGAAAGUAAAAUAGUAGAUGAUACUAAUAAUAAUAAUAAUAAUAAUGCCAACAAAGUGCCAGAGAUUGGAAAUAAUCAUAGCAAUAAAAAUGAAGAAGACGUUGAAAUAGAAUCAAAUACAGACGAUUCAGGGAAUGUUAGUUUAAAUGAUUUUUGUUACGAGUACGAUUUAGGUAACAGCCAAAUCACAAAGAAAAUACUUUAUGUAAAUCACAUUGAAAUAGAACAAAAACCAAAACAUGCAAUACAUAAAUCUGAGAUAAUUUUUGAAGCGAUUUCAGAUCCAGAACUAUCAGAUAUUGAAUGCGGUGUGGACGAUGUUGAUGGAUUAAAUACACCAAAAGAUUCUGAUAGUGACACAACAUCAGAUACACUGAAAAACGAUUCAUUCAAUGAUCAUGAAAUAAAUAAUAAUUUACAAAAUCUAAAUAAUAAUAAUAAACUAACGGAACGAAAAUUUAAAAAAACGCGAGAAAGUCCAUCUACUUCUCGUGAAACAAAUAAGGAUCAAAAUCCACUAACACCUAAGAAACAACACAAAACCAAAAAUCAAUGCUCGUUAAUAGAUCCACAGCAUCUAUUGCUUGUCUGUACAUAUAGCAUGGCUAAUCAGGACUUUUUGACAUUGUUAGCGAUUGUAAUUGCUUUUAUUACCUUAUUUGCUUUAUUAGUUCUAUAAUCUUAGAAAUUUAAAACUACGUCUUCCCAAGUUUUCUUAGAAUUUCUCUUAAUAUAAAUUAAGUUUUAAGGUUACCAUUAUAAUAACUGUUGAAUACAGUUUUAAUAAUUUUAUUUUAGUUUAAUG